AUGGGCGCCACACAGUGCGCGUUUUGCUGUGUCGGACGCGACAAGGGCCCUGGCCCUGAUGCCGCUCCCCUGCUGCAAGGCGGCUUGCCGGACCUCCUGACAGGGCGGAGGUCCCAGGGCCUGGAGGGCAAAGAGGAGAAAAGCAAGGAGGCGUGCGGCAAUGGAAGUGAGGGCAGCGAGCCCCAGCCCCCCUCCGAGCAGGAGAUGAAAAAAGACGACUUCUCCAAGAAGGCCACGGCUGCAGAAGAGCGCGAGGCCUUCCUCCAGGCAUUGAUGCAAGACCGGGCCGAGGCCGACCGCCUCGAAAUUGAAGCUCGCAAAGAGGCCAAGCGGGCAGAGACACUGCAGCGCCUCGAGGCCACGAACCGUGCCGUUCGAGCACAGUUUGAACUGCUCGUGAGCACCGACGACUUCAAGGAGGCCAAAGUCCAGUUUCUGGCCGGAGUGGAGGAAAUUCCGAUGGAAGGGCCACUUGCCGGAUCUGCGCCUUCCUCAUCCAAUUUGUCCAUGACAGGAGUUGUCCAGAAACCCAUUUUGAAGGGUGCUGGCGAGCGCAAGCACACGGCCGCCUGCCGCGGGCAAGCUUGCGGGGACGAAACGCCAAAUUCAAGUUCCUCUGACGACAGCGUGUACCCUGAGUAUGAUGGGGGCGAGGACUUUGUAUGCUUCGAAGAGUGA